AAAACAUCCAUAGCCAAAUAAGGAAUAAUACAACUUCUUUACAUUCACCCGAAACAAUAAUUAAUCAAGCAUAUCUUCAUGAUCAAACAUUCAUAAAUCAAUUUAAAAAAUAUCAUCAUUAUCCUUAUACAAAAAAGGUUAAAAAUAAUACUUAUAAAUUACCCACUUUAAAUGCACACAUAGAUUUAAUAUCCCUUCCUACUGGCUAUCAUACUUCUUUUCCACCAAAUCCUGAAUCAUGUGACCAUUGCAAAAAACCUUUUGAAGAUGAUGAUGGAAUAAUAUUAAUAUGUGGACAUGGAUACCAUGUAAAUUGUUAUAAUAAAUUACAUAAUAGAUGUGGAUAUUGUGAAGAGUUUUAUAAGAAGGGUGUGUUUAAUAAUGUUGACUCUUUUGUUAAAAGAUUAGAAAAGGGAUCAGAUAUUUUAAUGGAUGAUGAUUUAGAAGAGGAGAUGGGGGAAAAAGAUGAGGAAGAAAUUAAUACACCAAAUCCUAAUUCAAAUUUAAAUUUAGAAAAUGCACUUGAAUUAAGAGACCUACCUGAUGAGAUAAUGUUUGAAGAUGAGGCAGCAAUAGUUAGAAAGGUAGAAGAACUAUAUUCGAAAAUAAUGCCUACUUUAGAUCCUUUUGUUAUUAAUGAUCGUGUGUUAGUCGCAACUAUUAAGGCUUUGCUUAGCAUGAAUAAUGUGGGUGAAACCCCUCAAGUAAUUGCAGAUCGUAUUGCAAAAUAUAAGUUUGCAAAUAUUGGAGGAAAGACACCCAACAAUACAGUUUCAGGUCGUAUUUCAAUCCAUUUCAAACGUGUGUCAGAAGCAUUGUGUAAGAAAUCGUUCGAAAGAUUGUCAAAUACAACUCCAGGUUAUAUCAGAAAAACUAAAUAUCGUAUUUAUGAUCCCGAUAAUUAUAUUAAAAGAUUAUUAGAUGGAGAAGAGAACAUACAAAGUCAAUAA